AUGCACCGUGUGGGUAGUGCAGGGAACACAGCCAAUUCCACUCGCCCUCGUAAAGAGAAGAGAUUAACAUAUGUGUUGAGUGAUGCUGAUGACACAAAGCAUUGUGCCGGCAUAAAUUGUUUGGCUGUAUUGAAGGCAUCAGUGUCUGGGUGUGAUUACCUGUUCACUGGAAGCCGUGAUGGCACACUAAAAAGAUGGGCGCUGGCUGAAGAUGCUGCUACAUGCUCAGCAACCUUUGAGUCUCAUGUGGACUGGGUUAAUGAUGCUGUUCUUGCAGGUGAUAAUACGCUUGUUUCUUGUUCUUCAGAUACUACCCUCAAGACUUGGAAUUGCUUGUCGGAUGGAACUUGUACCAGAACUCUUCGUCAGCAUUCUGACUAUGUCACUUGUCUUGCUGCGGCAGAAAAAAAUAGCAAUGUUGUUGCCUCUGGGGGACUUGGAGGGGAGGUAUUCGUAUGGGAUCUUGAAGCAGCUCUUACUCCGGUCUCAAAGUCAGGCGAUUCAAUGGAAGAUGACUCUUCAACUGUUGUCAAUGGUUCUGGAAAUGCACUACCGAUUACAAGUUUACGUACUAUCAGCUCUAGCAACAGUAUUUCUGUGCACACAACUCAGUCACAUGGAUAUGUUCCAGUUCCUGCCAAAGGCCAUAAGGAAUCAGUUUAUGCUUUGGCAAUGAAUGAUAGUGGAUCACUCCUUGUCUCUGGUGGAACAGAGAAGGUUGUGCGUGUUUGGGAUCCUAGAACUGGUUCGAAGACCAUGAAACUAAGAGGGCAUACAGAUAAUAUCAGGGCUCUGCUUCUUGAUUCUACUGGAAGAUAUUGCUUAUCAGGAUCUUCUGAUUCUAUGAUCAGGCUAUGGGAUCUUGGUCAGCAACGAUGUGUGCAUUCUUAUGCUGUGCACACAGAUUCUGUUUGGGCACUUGCCAGUACCCCAACAUUUAGUCAUGUAUAUAGUGGUGGGAGGGACCUUUCUUUAUACUUGACAGACUUGGCCACAAGAGAGAGUCUUUUGCUUUGCACUGGGGAACACCCCAUUCUGCAGUUGGCUUUACAUGACGAUAGUAUAUGGGCUGCAACAACGGAUUCUUCAGUUCAUAGAUGGCCUGCUGAAGGGCGCAAUCCUCAGAAGAUCAUUCAAAGAGGUGGUGCAUUCUUGGCUGGAAAUUUGUCCUUUUCGAGAGCAAGGGUAUCCCUAGAAGGAUCAACCCUAGUCCCUGUUUAUAAAGAACCAAUAUUUACGAUUCCUGGAACUCCUGGAAUAGUGCAGCAUGAAAUAUUAAACAAUAGAAGGCAUGUCUUGACAAAGGAUACUGCUGGUUCGGUCAAGUUGUGGGAGAUUACUAGGGGUGUUGUUAUUGAGGAUUAUGGAAAGGUCACAUUUGAGGAGAAAAAAGAAGAGCUUUUUGAGAUGGUGAGCAUUCCUGCAUGGUUCACAGUGGAUACCAGGCUUGGAAGUUUAUCUGUACAUCUGGACACCCCACAAUGCUUUUCAGCAGAGAUGUAUUCAGUAGACCUUAACAUCGUGGGGAAGCCUGAAGAUGACAAGGUUAAUCUAGCACGAGAAACCCUUAAAGGGCUCUUGGCUCACUGGUUGGCGAAAAGAAAGCAAAGAUUUGGAGUGCAAGCAUCUGCUAAUGGGGAUGCACCAUCUGGAAAGGAAGUCACCACUAGAAGUAUUACGCAUUCAAGAAUUGAGGUGGAUAGUAAUACUGAAAACGAUUCAAUGGUCUAUCCUCCCUUUGAAUUUUCUACAGCUUCCCCUCCUUCAGUUAUAACUGAGGGCUCUCAGGGAGGCCCAUGGAGGAAGAAAAUCACUGACCUAGAUGGUACUGAAGAUGAGAAGGACUUUCCUUGGUGGUGUCUCGAUUGCGUGUUGAAUAAUCGCCUACCCCCUAGAGAAAACACCAAGUGCAGUUUUUAUCUACAUCCAUGCGAAGGUUCAGCUGUUCAGAUCCUCACACAAGGGAAACUUAGUGCACCUCGUAUAUUACGAAUUCAUAAAGUUGUUAAUUAUGUAAUUGAAAAGAUGGUCCUUGACAAACCAUUGGAUAGUGCAAAUCCUGAUACAACACUUGCUCCUGGUCUUGCUGGAGGACCAGUGCAACUAUCAGCCAUUGGAGAUGCAUCUUUUCGAUCUGGAUUGAAGCCAUGGCAAAAGCUUAAGCCUUCUAUAGAGAUAUUGUGCAACAAUCAGGUCUUGUCCCCAGAAAUGAGCUUAGCCACAGUGCGGGCUUAUAUAUGGAAGAAAUCUGAGGACCUGAUUCUCAAUUACAGGGUGGUUCAGGGAAGUAAAUAG